UUGUCAGCUCCUGCACACUGCUUUGUAUGGCUCUGCAUAGCAGAGCCAUGCAAAGCAGUGUGCUGACAGUGAAACACACACACAAAGCACACAGUUAAUCCUUUGAUCACCCCAGAGGUUAACCCCUUCCUGCCCAAUGCCAUUAGUACAGUGUCGGUGCUUUUUAUUAGCACUGAUCACUGUAUUGGUGUCACUGGGCAUGUCAAUAACACCAAGUCAGUUCCCCCCAGUGUCAGAAUGCCCGCCGCAGUCCUGCUAUAAGUCACUGAUCACAGCGAUUACUAGUAAAAAUAAAAAAAAUUAAAGUAAACUCCCAGUAUAUAUACCGCCAUUUGUAAAUGCUAAAACUUUCACGUAAACCAAUUAAUUUA